UACAUGUCCUAAUAUAUCUACGGAUCCACAAGUAAAGUCUUUCUGGAAUCUAUCAAUCUUACUGAACAUUUGCUACCACAUACAGCAGCAGAAACUUUGUUUUCUAGGAGCUUCUGGUGAGAAGCUGCACUAUCAUCAUUCUGGCCUACCCUGUAGAAAAUUCCUGCAGUUGGGCUAAGGGGGUUGCAAUAAAAUGUGCCCAAACUUCAGUUUUGGGUUUUCGAUUAAUUUGGCACCAGCCCAUUGAUUAUGGCUAAUGUUGGUCUUGUUUAAACUUCUCUGGAGUUCAUAAAGUUAUAAUCUUUUGUCCAAUUUAAAGCUCAGUGGUGUCAUCUCUUGCACCUGUUGGUAUUGGAAGUGACCUAAUAUCGAGACCGAAAACUUGUGUGUUUUUGCAUUCUUAACUUGCUAUUAGUGAAGCAGUAGUUGUGAAUUGGGAGCCUGAUCAUGGUCAAGUUUGGUUGCCUCUCUGCACUUGUUGGUAGGAAGAAAAGAGACAAGGCAGAUGAGAAAUCUUUAAUCAAUCUUGAAGACAAGGAGUUGGAAUCUUUGCCAAUAAAAUUUGAGCCACUGGCAGAGACUAGUGAGGAAAAAUCAAGUUCUUAUAAUAUAUUGGUACCUUUCGCCAUUGCAAAAAGUUCUAGUUAUAAUGUUAAGGUAGCGAGUUAUGAUAGUCCCAUUGGAGGCGAAGUGGAAGAUGUGGCUUAUGAAGGUGAAGCUGAGUAUGAACAUGAUGACAAUGUUACUUUGAAGAGGGAAUUUUAUGAUAACGGAGGUUUCGUUAAGUCCAGAGGAGAAAAUGAUCAAUUGGUCAAGUUUAAUGCUUAUAAUUCAUUUAAUAAUGAGUCAAGUGAUCCAGUCGACAGUGUAAUAGAGAAGGAGGCUGAGAACGAGGCUGACAUGAUUCUCAGUGGACAUGUCAGUGAUCCAGGGACUGCAAAAGCUGAAGUUUGGGCAUCUCCAAAGCUCAAGCGCUCGUGCUCUAAUCUGGAAACAAGUGAUGUGUUGAAAAAGAUUCCUGAUAGCAUGCCUCUUUCGAAAUCUCAGUCUUUCGAAGAAAUGCAAAGAGUAACCAAAAGAAUGACGGGGGUUGCUCAUCCACGAAGUCUUGGCAGCCCUAACUCUGUAAUGACUCACCGAAGUGCUGAUAAAGUAAUGCUCAAAAAGUGCUCUUCAAGCCAAAUCUUACCCUCGAGGAGCAGAAGAUUGUGGUGGAAAUUGUUCCUGUGGAGCCACAGAAACCUUCAUGAACCGUGGACAGCAAAACAGCUUCCCGAUAAGCCCCCAUUAAACCAACAAGGUGGGUACUCCUCAGACACGUAUGAACCGAACAGGGGCACAAGGUUUGGCUCAGGUAACUCAUUUACCUUUAGCAAAGGCGAUGAGGAUGAUGACAACCAGAGUUGGGAUAAGGAUAAUGACAACCACAGUUGGAAUAAGAUUCGUCGAAUAUCUGGUUCAUUGCCGGAAAAUCAGUGGGUUGCUUUCGCUUCAGGUUCUUCAUCCUCAAUGGCCCGCGUAGACGAAUGGGUGAAAGAUCUUUCUGGUGAAUCACCAUGUGUAGUGGAUGAUGGUGCUCUACCUGAGGAUGGAAACAGCUUUCCACCCUCUCCUGAAUCUAGUAAAUUACCAGCAAAAACGUCUCACUUACCUCGAAGUCAGGAUUUGAAUCUUCCUGAGCAUAUCGCACAUGCCAACAGUGUUAUACAAUCAUUGAAUUCUUCCUCAACAGUUGCUCACAUGUCUGGUAUAGGCUUACAGGUUAUUCCCGCUAUUUGGCGCUUCUCUAGUCUUCGAUCUGUCAAUUUAUCUGCGAACCACAUAGUUCGUAUAAGUUCAGGUUCUCUGCCGAAAGGACUUCACACUCUCAACUUGUCCAGAAAUAAAUUGAGCACAAUUGAAGGCCUUAAAGAGCUUACUCGGUUGAGACACCUUGAUCUCAGUUACAACAAAAUAUCUCGAAUUGGGCAAGGAUUGUCCAACUGUACACUGAUAAAAGAGCUCUACCUUGCGGGGAACAAGAUAAGCGACGUUGAGGGAUUGCAUAGGCUUUCAAAGCUUACGAUCUUGGAUUUAAGUUUCAACAAGAUAACCACAACAAAAGCUCUUGGGCAAAUCGUGGCCAACUACAACUCCCUGCUUGCCCUAAAUCUGUUGGGGAAUCCGAUCCAUAACAAUAUAAGUGAUGACCAGUUGCGCAAAGCAGUUUGCAGCCUUUUGCCAAAGCUAGCUUACCUGAACAAGCAGCCCAUUAAUCCACAGAAGGCAAGGGAGAUAGCUGCUGAAUCUAUUGCCAGAGCUGCACUUGGAAGCAGUGAUAAAGGCAUCCGUAGAAGAGCCGUGAAGAAGAGCCAAGGUGUAUCUUCUGUUAGUAGCCCCAAGAGGAAUGCAGUUGUAACACGGAAAAGUAAGCACAGGUUGAAGAGCCGAACCCACCAACUUUCUUCUCUACAGACAAAAUAAUGGCACGUCUUCAAAAUAAUUGAUGUUUCCCGGUAUGAACUCCAGUGAGAACUGAAGGCAAGUUAACGGUAUUUUUUCCGUCUUAUUAAUAUUUAUUCCUUCUUCUUUUUUUUUUGCGGAAUUUAGAUGACCUCACUCAGCUUGCUAAGAGCACAAUAUUUGUGAAAUGAGCAAUUGCAGAAGAAUCCGGAUUUCAAUUUUAUGAUUCUGAAAA